AUGGCAUUCGCGGUUAACCAGGACAUGGUCGACCGGAUGAGGUCCGUGUCUGCGUUGCAGGCCGAGGCCGAGUCCGAGUCCGACGUGUUCAAGGCUGCUAUCAAACACCUCCAGGAGGCCGGCCUGGAAGAAGUCCUCUACACCCCGGCCAGGCAGUUCGGGACCUACAGCGAACGUAUAGGGUCCUACUGGUCUCUCACCCCGCGAGCCAGACCGUGGGCGAUUGUGCAGCCGCGUAACACGGAGGAGGUGUCCAAGGCGCUGAAAGCACUGGUCAAGACUAACGGCUGCCAAUUCGCCAUUCGCAGUGGAGGUCACACAUGUUAUCCUGGCUCAAACAAUAUCGUAGAUGGGGUCACGAUUGACCUGGGUCUGAUGAGCCAGACUGAAUAUAACCCUGAGACGAAGCUGGCUUCGAUACGGCCGGGUGGCCAAUGGACAGGUGUGUAUAACACCUUGGAAAAGUUGGGCGUCAUGGUGGCCGGAGGCCGAGAAGGCCUGGUUGGUGUGGGCGGCUUGUUGACUGGCGGAGGAAAGACAUAUUAUACCUGCCGUGUAGGCUUCGCUUGUGACCAAGUGGUGAACUACGAGGUGGUGCUGGCCGACGGCACUAUCACCAACGCGAACGAGUCGGAGAACCCGGAUCUCUUCCGCGUCCUCAAGGGAGGCUCCAGCAACUUCGGCAUCGUGACCCGAUUCGACAUGAAGACGUUCCCGGCGCACGACGUCUACGACGGCAUCGUCACCUUCCCACCCUCGUCCGGGGACGCUGUCAUUGAUGCAUUCAUCGACUUUACCAAGCAGCUCCACGUGGUCGACGAUGCGCACAUCCUCGCCAUGUGGGUGUCCAUGUCUCAGAGGGACAUUGCGAUGCUGAACGGCAUCCCCGUCGACCCUGCUCAGCCUCCGGAUCUGACCAUGGUGUCCAUGAUCAACAUGAUCAUGACCCAGCUCGACGGCGUAGAGGCAUCACCGUCCUUGGAGAGAUUCAUGAACGUUCCCAAUCCCAUCAAUAAUACGAUGAAGCACACGACUUUGGCCAAGAAGGUGGCCGGGUUCCUCCUGCCUUCGAAUCGAGAAGAUAUAUGGUUCAGCCUCAAUUAUAAGCUGGACAGGCGGAUCAUUGCCAAGAACGUAGAGGUGUACGACAGGCUUGUCAAGGAUAUCGGCGAGCGCUCCCCCGGGUGCGUCAUCCAGAUGGUGUUGCAGCCAUUCCCUACCUCGUUUGGAAAACACUCCACCGAGCGUGGGGGGAACAUGUUCGGGCUGGAGCGGUUCAAGGAUGACUCUGUUCUUAUCAUCGUCGCCGUCGAGGGCAGCACACCCGGCUUCUACGACAUGGCCUUCCCGAUCUUCAAGGCCGCCGUCGACGAGAUCGAGGACUAUGCCAAGUCGGUAGGGGGCGACUUCGAGUUCCGCUACCUCAAUUACUGCGAUGGCUCCCAGGACCCCCUGAGUACCUAUGGUCCCGAGAACAUCCGCAAGAUGAAGGAUGCGGCGGCCAAGUUUGACCCGACGGGCGUUUUCCAGACCAAGGUGCCUGGCGGGUUCAAGAUCAGCAAGGUGAAGACGCCGGAGUGA